AUGUCUUCCACACCUUCUCAGCCCCCACCUGCCAGCGCCACUGCUGCGGAAUCGGACCCCGCCACCUUUGCUCACAUUGAGAACUACAUCUCAACACGCUGCAAUGCCUCGCCCAUCUACGCCUUCCUAUUCAACCCGGACCUGAAACUCACACACGCGUCCAAGGGUCUCAUCAUCGCGCGCCUACCCGUCACCGCGAAUCACCUCAACACGGCCGGCAGCAUCCACGGAAGCGUCUCCGCGACCAUUGUCGACUGGGCCGGCGGACUCGCUAUUGCGUCUUGGGACCUGCGUGAGGCAACGGGCGUGAGUGUCGAUAUCAACAUCAGCUAUCUUUCCGGCGCGAAGUUGGGCGAUGAGAUUGAGAUCGAGGGCAAAGUCGAGAAGGUUGGAGGAAGCUUGGCGUUUACGCAUGUCAACAUCUACAAAGUUGCUGCUGAUGGCACACGGGGCGCCACUGUAGCGAAUGGAAGACACACCAAGUUUGUGAGAAGCCGAUAA